GUCUUAAAGAGGAAGGAAAGGACAGUUCUGCAUCAGCUACUUGUGUUCUGACUACUAUAAAUAUGUACCAACCACAGAACUGACACUUACUAGCAGUUCCCACUCACUACCAGUCAGUUGACUCACUGUACAAGACCUCUCCCCUUCAGUCUACUGCAGGGUGGGAGAUGCAACAAUGGCCUUGAGAACAGCAGGAAGUGUGUUGGUGGUCUUUCUCUGGUCUGUAGCAGGUCUGCAGGUGAAGGUGACUCCUGCUGCAGAGGGACAGAAGACACUGACCUGUAUCACCACCUGUACUCUGACUGACAACCCCACCUACAUCUGGUACAAGAAUGGACAGAAUGUACAAGAUAACUCCUCCCCCAUGUACUCCAUCAGCAGUGAGGAUGCAGACAGCUACUACUGUGCUGUAAAAGGCCAAGAGGAUCUCAGCUCUCCUGCAGUGUAUAAACCAAAGAAGACCUCAGUGUCAGUCAGUCCCUCUGGUGAAAUAGUGGAGGACAGUUCAGUGACUCUGACCUGCAGCAGUGAUGCCAACCCACCUGUGGACAAAUACACCUGGUACUUUCAAAAUGAGACUUUUCUAAAUGGAUUUGGACAGAUGUACAACAUAAGUAAGUUCAAGUCUAAGGACAAUGGACAUUACCACUGUGAGGCCUGGAAUGGAAGAGGAUCUAGGAACUCUACAGCUCUGAUGAUCAUUUUACCAGGGAAACAAACCUCAGUUCUGAAUGCAGCUGUAGGAAUCAUAGUGGUUGUUCUGGUUCUCAUCCUCUGUCUCUCUGGCUUCAUGUGGUUCAGGAAGAAGUCCUCCAUAUCCAGCUCUGACACAAGAGACAUAUCAGAGAAUGUACAGGGAGACUCUAGUCCCAUGUAUGAAAAUGUCUCAAGCAUGGCCAUGGCCCCUACUGCAGCAAAGACAGCAACCACCGUCAUCCAGGAUGAUGUUCACUAUGCCAGCGUCCACUUCUCUCGCUUCAAAAACCAGGAAGUGCCUCUGUACUCCACCGUCCAGCUGUCUCAACCCCAGAAACAGGACGAGGAUGUCCAGUACGAUGCUGUAAAAUUCAACCUCUCCAGUGCUGCCAACCGACCCACAGCAGCACAAGCAGCUGAGGAGGACUCCUCUGUUCUCUACAGUACAGUCAACAAACCCUGAACCAAGAAGAGCUGAACAUUACAAACCCAGAACCAAGAAGACCUGAACACAACAAGUUUGACAGAAACCCUGUAUAUCUGGACCUGUAUAGUCAAACUAAGUGUUAUGAUAAGAUAUGCCAUUUAGAAAAUGCUUUUAUCCAAAGCUACUUAUAAUUAUGUGUGAAUACAUUUUUUCAUGCCUGUGGCCCCAUUGGGAAUGGAAACCAUGGAGCCACACAGGACUACUGUAUUCAAACGUAGUUGGAGUGCUGAUCUAGGGUCGGUUUUGUCUUAUAAACAAUGCUGUAUUUGUCAUCUUGCUCAGUUGUGCACCGUGGCCUCCCACUACUCUUUCUAUUCUGGUUAGAGCCAGUUUGCACUGUUCUGUGAAAGGAGUAGUACACAGCAUUGGACGAGAUCUUCAGUUUCUUGGCAAUUUCUCGCAUGGAAUAGCCUUCAUUUCUCAGAACAAGAAUAGACUGAUGAGUUUCAGAAGAAUGUCCUUUGUUUCU